CGUAUAUCUGCGAUGGUAUAAAAGACCGGAUGUGAGGUGGGUAGUUCUUCACUACGUUACUUCUCUCUUAACCGAACGUACUCCGUCCUCACUCACAACAUGCAAUUCAGCAUUCUCACACACCUCCGCGUCCUUUUUGCGUCCCUCCAAGGUGUUCGAGGGUCGGGACCGGAUUCGUCUAUGCUUCCCUCUGAUUCGGCUUCCGCUAGUCUGUCAAACAGUGGUCAAGGAUACAUCCCUCGCGGAAGAAAUAAUAUCGAUACCCAAGGUUCUGCGACGAACAGUGGAAGCGGGAAGCCGAAGCCUAGUGGAACCACUGGCAAUAGCGGAGGACAAGCUUCCAAUAGCGGAGGCUCUGCCACAAAUGGAGGCGGACAGACCAGGUAAAGGUCGGCAUGGGAGAUCCUAGCCCCUUACCCAUUUGAGUUCAUUUUUUUAAAUCUUAUAUCCGUCCACUGGAAAUAAUUUACAUUCCCUUGCCACUUGCUAUCCCCUACUUAAUAUUCUUUUACUUACGUGAUGUAUUGUUCACUUGUCUUUUCUUCACAGCGAGGAAGAGUUUCGUGCGCUUCUUUCGAUUUGUGCUAUUAGACCUACUUACAUUCGUAUAAUUCUAAAAUUUUUAUUGACC